ACGAAACUUGGAUAGAGGGUAUUUUUGGUUGAGCUAAUAAUGAAACUUACUUGGAAUUUAAUUUAGAUAUUUCGCAAUCACGAUCAAACUCGAGUUAUGUCGAAAAGAAGCAGUCGCACAAAGACAAGGAACCGACAACAGAUAGAUGAGAUUGAAGUGUUGACUUCCAUAUAUGGUGAUGAGUGGCAUGUCGAAGAUGAGGCUACCCGUCACUACUACAUCGACAUACAGGGUGAUUCGGAGUCAGGGAACCUGCAACUCAGGCUGUCGGUGAUUCUGCCAGUGGAAUAUCCAAGUGGUGCUCCCCCUCAGUACCGUGUCAAUGCACCCUGGCUCCGAGGUGAAAGUCGAUUGCAGCUGGAAAAUGCAUUACAAGAUAUAUAUCUUGAGAAUCUUGGUGAGAGUAUCCUGUACUUGUGGAUAGAGAGAACGAGGGAGUUUCUACAAGAACUGACUCAAGCAGGCGAUGGAGCUGCAGCAGCAACUACUGACACACCAACAGUGUCCACAGACUCGUCCGAUGACCUGAUCUCGGCGUGGACAGUCCCCUCCCUGGAUGACAGGGGUGACGAGGCAGGGGGAGAUGUCGACAAGGAAAGUACAGGUGGCACUAGUCUGUCACAGUUCAUGCACAAGAAGCCUGCAGAGGAGGCCCUGUGCCCAGUCAUCUACCAUAGUGAGUUCCUGUGGGAUCGGAAAAGCAAGUUCCAGUCACAUCUCGCUGCAGUCUACAAAAAGGAAGAGAUUGAGCUGGUGAGAAAUAAGUUGCUUGAGAACAGAAAGAUAGCUGCAGCCACCCAUAACAUCGUGGCCUACAGGAUCCGAGUCCCAAACUCAGACAUCAUGUAUCAGAGCUGCGAGGACGACGGAGAAUUUGGAGCCGGAGGGAGGAUGUUGCAUCUCCUCAAUGUAAGGGAAACUUUAACAGAUAACUGGUUUCAGCUUUACGCUGGAUGUCAACACAGCUCAGUCAAGGUGUAUCAAGUAUUGUGUUGAUAGGUUUUGGCUGAA